CACAGGUUGCUCCGCGUUGCUUGGGAAGGUUACUGGCUUCCGGGCCACGAAUGGAAACGCCCUUUGGGGCGGGCCUCGCGAACAUAUUGGUUGUCCUGCCGGCGCGACUAGCGGUGAUUGGACAACCUGAAAGGCGACGGCUCCUUAGCCUUAGCGUAACCGAGAAGAGACUGUGGCUGGCCAUGGCUGGUCAGGACCUGCGGAAAGAGCUGGACUCACUGCUCCUGCAGCUGCUCAGGGACCUGGAGGAGCUGGAGGCGAAGAGGGUGGCGCUGAACACCCGGGUGGAGGAGGGCUGGCUGUUGCUCGCCAAGGCUCGCUAUGUCAUGGGUACCAAGUCGGUCGGGCCCCUGCAGUAUCCCUCUUGCAUGGAACCUCGGGUCUUCGUGCGAGCCAGCGAGAACCAGGACACAAUGCAGACAUUCAGGCUGGUGAGAGCUGACGCCCAGACUCCAGAGGAGGUGGAGCCUCGAGAAGCAGCGCUGCGCAGGCGGAAGGGCCCCAACAAGUCUCCAGAACCAGAGCUCUCUGCAGCCCCACAGGACCCCCUGAACUGGUUCGGAAUCCUGGUUUCUCACAGUCUUCGACAGGCCCAAGCCAGCUUUCAGGAUGCUUUUUUCUCCCUCCAGUAUUGCCUUUUCCAGUACAACGUAAAUCAGACAUCUUUUUAUGCUGCUUUUUCUUUCCUAAGAAAAGUACUGUAUCUUGAAGACAAACCAUUCCCAAGAGUAAUGAUAAAAAUAAUAUUAAAACAACUUUAAAGAUUCUGAAGUAUUCCUAAGGCAUGGUGUUCUGGAAGACAAAUGUGCUUCUGCUGGCAUUGUGUUACACAUGAAGCAGUGUGGCAGGAACUGUCCUCUGAUGCCGUGGGACUGAGAGAACUCAGAUGUAGGCUCCCAGGGCGGUAUGGAGCUCUGUAAGACACUGGACCAGCUGCUGAAACUUGAGCCUCUCCUCCGGAUCUAAGGCCCAGCAACAGGCCAUCACAGCAAAUAAUUCAUCAGGACAGUUGAUUAGCUGGGCUAUUCGGUAAUCAUCUUUUAGGUAUGUGGCCAUCUCAAAGGGGUCAAUGUCCACAUAAGGCAUCUGGCCCAGAGUCAUAAGCUCCCACAGUGUUACUCCAAAGGCCCACACAUCACUAGCACUAGAGAACUCAUUAUUAACCAGACUUUGAAGAGCCAUCCAUCGAACUGGCCUGUUUUCAUUGUCCCCCAGACAGUGAUAGUCCAUAGGGAACAAGUCUCUGGAGAAGGCAUUGUCUGUGAUCUUAACUUGAAGUGUGUCAUCAGUGACACAGUUUCUAGCAGCCAGGUCUUUGUGGAUGACUUCCCUUCUUGCCAGGUAGCUCAUUCCACAGGCAAUCUGAAUAGCCAUAUGUACCAGGUCUUGCUGAGAGAUUGCCUGUGGGUUAUUGGCCUCUACUAAUUUGCAUUGCUGUAAAAACAAUUUAAGAUUCCCCCAAUUCAUGUAAGGCAGCAUCACCAUGGGCUUUUCUCCUGUACACAUAUGAGUAAUAGGAAGAAGAUUUCUGUGUUGAAGACCUCGCAGCUUAUAGCUUUCUGUCAGCAUCCUGGUUACCUGGAUCUCAGAGGCAUGAUCUUUAACUGUUUUUAUAAAUGUAUGUUUUUCUUUAUUUGGAUCUUUUUCAUCCACUAAAAUUCCACGGAAAAUACGCCCAAA